UAAACAGGUAAUGAGAUUAACCUAACAAGCCUUCUAUUCAUAUAUGUACAUAUAUGUGUAAAUAGACCGAAUUCACUUAGUUAGCCUAAGUGGAUAAGUAAACUAUAAAACCGUAAUACGUUCCAGUUUCAUUCGGUUCAAAGAUGACGUGUUUAAAGGGAGUGAGGAGAUCGGCGAUGGUGGCGCUUGCACCGGAUGCGCCGUACGUGGCGGCCGGGACGAUGGCGGGGGCUUUCAGCUCGUCAGCAAACCUCGAGAUAUUCGAGCUUCAUUUUCAGUCCUACGAUUGGGAACUGCCGCUCGCCGGCGAGGCGCCGAGCUCCGAGCGCUUCAACCGCCUUUCAUGGGGGAGGGCCGCGGCAGGAUCCGCCUCCGAGCAUUUCUCGCUCGGCCUUGUCGCUGGAGGACUUGUGGACGGGACCAUCAAUAUCUGGAACCCCCUCACUCUGAUCCGUCCUGAAGCAAAUGGAAACGCUCUUGUUAGCCAUCUCUCAAGGCAUAGAGGGCCGGUUCGCGGUCUUGAAUUUAAUGCCAUUGCACCAAACCUGCUUGGAUCUGGGGCUGACGAUGGUGAAAUUUGCAUAUGGGACAUGGCAAAUCCUGCUGAACCUUCUCAUUUUACACCCCCCAGGGGUAGCAGUUCUUCUUCUCAGGGAGAGAUUUCGUUCUUAUCUUGGAAUAGCAAGGUUGAACAUAUAUUGGCGUCUACUUCAUACAAUGGGACAACUGUGGUUUGGGACCUAAAGAGGCAAAAACCAGUAAUUAGCUUUUCAGAUUCAGUUAGAAGGCGGUGCUCUGUUUUGCAGUGGAAUCCUGAUGUUGCGACUCAGCUUGUGGUUGCAUUGGAUGAAGAUAGUUCACCUUCUGUGAGGCUAUGGGAUAUGUGGAAUACAAUGUCACCAGUUAAAGAGUUCACUGGGCAUACUAAAGGUGUAAUUGCGAUGGCGUGGUGUCCCAUUGACAGUUCCUAUUUGAUUACUUGUGCCAAAGAUAGUCGAACCAUUUGCUGGGACACUGUUUCUGGGGAGAUUGUCUGCGAAUUGCCUGCUGGCAACAACUGGAAUUUUGAUGUACACUGGUAUCCGAAGAUACCUGGGGUCAUAUCAGCAUCUUCAUUUGAUGGAAAAGUUGGCUUUUACAACAUUGAGGGUUGCAGUCGCUACAGUGUUGGAGAGAAUGAGUUUGGUGCAGCUCCUCUGAGGGCUCCAAAAUGGUAUAAACGUCCUGUUGGGGUGUCUUUUGGCUUUGGUGGCAAGCUUAUGUUGUUUCGCCCUCGGCCCUCUGCUGCAGGUGUCCCUGCUGGUGGUUCGGAGGUUUAUGUGCAUAACUUAGUUACUGAAGACAGUUUGUUUAGUCGAUCAUCUGAAUUUGAAGCUGCGAUACAAAAUGGGGAAAGGUCUUUGUUGAGGGUACUUUGUGAUAAAAAAUCUCUGAGUAUAUCUGAGGAUGACUCUGAAACAUGGAGCUUCUUGAAGGUUAUGUUUGAGGAUGAUGGGACAACAAGGACAAAACUGCUUGCCCACCUAGGUUUCAGUAUACCUACUAAAGAAAAAGAUAGUGUUGAAGGUGCUCUUUCUCAGGAAGUAAAUGCACUUGGACUUGAGGAUACAGUAGCUGAGACAGUUGGAUAUGGGGGUGAUAAAGAAGCCACCAUUUUCUUUUUUUUGAUAAGUGAUAAAGAAGCCACCAUUUUCCCUACAGAUAAUGGGGAAGAUUUCUUUAACAAUCUUCCUAGCCCCAAGGCUGAUACACCUUUGUCAACCUCUCAUGAUAAGUUUGCUAUUGGGGAUGCUGUGCAUGGUUCAGAACCAUUGCCGCAAGAACCGGAUGAAAUUGACCAGAGUGCUGACCCAGCAUUUGAUGAUGGUGUCCAACAUGCUUUAAUUGUUGGAGAUUACAAGGGGGCAGUUGCACAGUGCAUAUCUGCAAAUAAAAUGGCCGAUGCUUUAGUUAUUGCUCACUUUGGUGGUGCAUCCUUGUGGGAGAGCACACGUGAUCAAUACUUUAGGAUUAGCCGUUCACCUUACCUAAAGGUUGUUUCUGCUAUGGUGAACAAUGAUCUCUUGAGCAUUGUAAAUACCAGACCCCUGAAAUCCUGGAAAGAAACACUUGCUCUUCUCUGUAGUUUUGCACAGAGGGAGGAAUGGACCACACUCUGUGGCAUACUUGCUUCUAAACUCAUGGCUGCGGGUAACACUUUGGCUGCUACUCUUUGUUAUAUCUGUGCUGGAAAUAUUGAUAAAACUCUGGAAAUUUGGUCGAGUAGUCUUCAAACUGAGCAUGAUGGGAAAUCCUAUGUUGAUCUUGUUCAGGAUUUGAUGGAAAAGACCAUUGUGCUUGCCUUGGCAACUGGGCAAAAACGAUUCAGUGCAUCUUUGUGUAAGCUGGUUGAGAAAUAUGCUGAAAUUUUAAGAAGUCAAGGGCUUUUAACAGCAGCAUUGGAGUGCCUUAAACUUUUGGGUUCUGAUGAAUUGCCGCCUGAACUUGUGAUCUUAAGGGAUCAUAUUGCAUUCUCUGCAGAACCUGUCCAUCAAAAGCCUGUCAUUGCAACAUUGACAAGGCUUUCCAAUGAGAAGUCAAAGCUGGGAGGUUCACGUGCAAAUCCAGCUAACAAGCGUAAAAUAGAAGUCAAUUCUAGGAAAUCAGGGGCCUCUUUUGCAAAACUCAAUAGUGGGGACUUAGCAUCUCGGGCUCGUCAAGGCAUCAACCAAAAGAGUAUGCUGUUGUUGCCCCCUUCACGGAUGAGCAAACAACCUCUAAGACUUCGUACCGCAAGGAAAAAGUUAGAAUUUUUUGACAUGAAAGCCGGUGGUAUCACUGGUAUGGCAUUUUUCUGAAACAUUAUGCUCACUGUCUUUUUUUUUUUUUUCAAAUGACUUCAGGGCCAUAGUGUAAGUUGCCCCCUUUCUCUUUAUGUAAACAGCUCUAAUGUCAAUGAUCUUGGGAUCCUUGAGUGAUUUGGUUUCUGCUCGUAUAAGAUUGUUCAAAGCCGUUUGGGGCUCUUAUUUUGUAUUGUUGUCUGCAAUCGGCAUGUAUAAUGAUAUCUGGAAAUUAGUAGAAUCUCAUUGUAUUGAUAUUGACAUGGUAGCAACCAUCAUCUAAGAGAUCUGAUGUGGUUCAUUUAUUAAA